AUGAUGGAAUACGAGCGCUACAUCACCAUCGUAUUCCUCUCCGCCUUCGCCCUGGUGGGAACUGUGGGAAACAUUUUAGUUCUGUACGGCUUCACCAGGUGUCGCCAGAAGUUUACUUCCUCCCUGUUUAUCCUGACUUUGGCCGGAAUCGAUCUCAUCACCUGUGUCAUAACCAUUCCGUCUACCAUUGCUAUGGAAGUGUUAGAUUUCGUUGUCAGUUUCGAUAUAGUGUGUAAGAUAUAUCACUUCCUUGUAUCUACAACCAUCCCAUUCUCAGCUUUCGUCAUGGUCGCUAUCGCAGUGGACAGAUAUUUCUGUAUUUGUAAACCAUUCGCUAAAGUGAUGACGCAUUACAGAGUGUGGAUUAUUGUGGCUAGCCUGUGCAUAACGUCCAUCUGUUUAGGUAUGCUGUCGUGUCUAAAUUAUGGUGUCUACCAGAAUCCGGAUAAUACUUAUGACAAUCUGUUAGAUCGGAAUUUGUCCUCAGCCGCCGGUCUGAACAAAGAUAUGGAGGCUAAACUGCUAGAACUUCUCCGAGAACUCAGUGCCCAUGACAAAAACGAUCUGUUGUCGGAGCCGUUCAAUACUUUUAAAUGCCAGGAGUCAGCCAUGUUAUUGGGAGAUGAAUUUUUUUCGAUUUUUCAGAAGAUUUACUCGUGUUUCUAUGGAUUAUCGUGUAUACUUGUGAUCAUAAUUUACUCUGUCAUCUACAGAUUCAUUUUAAAGCGACGACAACGACGCCUGCGCAUGGAAUCGUUUCCGUGUUGCACUUUUCGGGUGCCACAUAAUGGCCACGAGAGUGAAAACACAGAGGUGAUGUACCUCAGCCAGGACGCCUCAGUGGUGGUAGAGGAUCGAGAUAAAAAUCACAACGCUGAAAAUCAGCGACAACUCGUUCGUAGUGAGAGUAGCGAGCGAAACAGGGACAAGUUUAGUCUAGGACACGAGAAACAGGAACGCAUUCGUAGGAAUAAUAUAAAGACGGCCAUUAUGCUGUCUCUUGUGGCUUUCGUAUUUAUUGUGGCCUUUCUACCGGCCUGGCUGAUGAAGCUGAGGCUUAUAAAAAUAAACGUAGUGGUAUUCAAUAUGUAUUUCAUUUACAACGUCGUCAACCCUUUCAUCUACGCUUUUAUGAACCCAGACUUUCAGAUGCAGUUAAAGGAGGUUUUCCUUAAUCUGUGUCGGUAG